CUUACAAUGGUGAUGGUCCUGAGAAACAGCCUUGACAGCCAGGGAGUGGACGCUGCUGCGUACAGGACCUUGAACCCUGAACUGCACACGCCAAAGAAGAUGAGUCAAGGACCUACCCUUUUCUCUUGUGGAAUUAUGGAAAAUGACAGAUGGCGAGACCUGGAUAGGAAAUGCCCUCUUCAGAUUGACCAGUCGAGCGCCAGCAUCUGGGAGUGCCUGCCUGAAAAGUGUCAGGAUGGUUCCCUGUGGCACCGUGAGGCAGUGACCACCUGCGCUGUGACCAGCCUCAUCAAAGACCUCAGCAUCAGCGACCACAACGGGAACCCCUCCGCGCCCCCCAGCAAGCGCCAGUGCCGGUCACUGUCCUUCUCUGAUGAGAUGUCCAGCUGCCGGACGUCAUGGCGGCCCUUGGGGUCCAAGGUCUGGACUCCUGUGGAAAAGAGGCGAUGCUACAGUGGGGGCAGCGUCCAGCGUUAUUCCAACGGCAUGGGCACCAUGCAGAGAAGCUCCAGCUUUAGCCUCCCUGCCCGGGCCAAUGGGCUGUCCUCUCCCUGCCACCAGGCGGGACUCUACCACCGCUUUGGGGGGCCACCCUGCCAGGGGGCUCCGGGCUCGGGCCCCUGUGGGCAGGCUGCUGACAACUGGAGCCCCGACACGUGCUCUGGGGGAGGGGGCCGGCUGGACCUGCAGCGGUCCCUCUCCUGCUCACACGAGCAGUUUUGCUUUGCGGAGUACUGCCCGCCCUCAGCCAGCAGCACACCUGCCUCCACACCGGAGCUGGCCAGACGCUCCAGUGGCCUGGCCCGUAGCCGCUCCCAGCCAUGUGUCCUGAAUGACAAGAAGAUAGGCGUGAAGCGGCGGCGCCCUGAGGAUGUGCAGGAGCAGAGGCCUUCCCUAGACCUCGCCAAGAUGGCCCAGAACGGACACACCUUCAGCAGCCUCAGCUGUCUGAGUGGGGCCAUGGACGACAGUGGCCCCCGAGCCUGGGCCGCCCUCCUGGCAGCCUCUGGCCCAGGAGGCAGGACCCCUGCUGGCACACCCGUGCCCUCCUCCUCGGAUGACCCCCUUGCCUGCCAGGAGGAGCUGCUCUGUGAGGAGUCGGACGGCUGCACCUUGGACGAGGAAGGCAGCAGGAGGCUGGAGCCAGCCCCGGGCUGGCGGGACCGUGGGGCUGCCGGGAAGGGCCUCUGCUCGCUGGAUGGCGAGCUGGACAUUGAGCAGAUAGAGAACAACUGAGGGGCCUGGGCCCCGGGCGCGCCAGGCGCAGCACGGCCUGCAGGUUCCCAGUCCCCAGCAGCUGGCCUGGCUGUGCCACCGGCAGAACGCCUGCUCUCAGCAGCUUGUCGAGUGUGUCGGCGUCCGGGUCCCUGAACUACUGUAGCCCUUCGAGCAGCUUUGUGAGUGGGGUCUCUGCCCCUCAUCCUCAUGGCUGUGGGGCAGAGCUGGGCACCGCCCGCCUCCUGCUAGGAGUACUGUAGGCAGGCCCUGCUCGGCCACGCUCAGGUCCGCUGCGGGGACACCGCCUUCAGCCCCCUUCCCUCAGUCUGUGCCGUGCCUUCUCUCCCAGGUCUCCCUGCUUCAGGCUUGGGAAGGUGGAGAUGCUCCUUCUGUAUCAACAGCAGAACCAUUUGGCCUUAAUUCCACUUGUGGGAGGCUGAGGCUCUCAGAGGGUAGGCCCAAGGCCCGCCUUGGGGGGUGGGGGACGGGGCUACCCUGGGGGCGUUAGAGCCCCGAGAGGCAGGCCGGAACCACAGAAGGGCGAGCAGCUCUGUGGAACUCCUGGGCCUGCUGCACACAUACAACCUGCUCAGGCCCUGGCCACAGCCUCAGCCCAAACCCAUCCCCCCUCAGCCUGCCCUGGGGACACUUCACAGGGAUUCUGCUUUCUGGGUCUCAGUGAAUUUGCGGUGUUCUGCACUCACCGACAUGGUCGAGGCUUGGGUCAGCACUCGGCUGCCUCCAGUGGGUAGGCCACACUGCAAGUGUGGGUAGCUUCUUUAAAGCCAGCCACCGGCGAUGGCCCAGUGGAUGUGCUGGGGCUGGCCGUGUCCAAGUGGGGACCUCCACUGGGGCCACAGAGGCCAUAACUAAUGCAAGCAGGAGCCCUGGGUGGAGAGCCUGGCACCUGGAGUGGCCGCACCGGGACAUAGUGUCCACGCCAGCCAGGGAGGGGUGGGCACGGCCAGACCCUGCAGCCUCACCUGCUCUGACUGCCUUUCCAGUGGUAGACGCUGGCCACAGGGCAGUGAGGCAGCUCUGCCAGCCCCAGGGACACCGCAGGCAGAAGCCAUCCCGGCCCCAGGUCAUCCCAUGUGUAUCCAGGCCAGGUUCUCCCCAGGGGCAGCAGCCUCUGCUGGGGAGACGGCCUUCAGCUGACUCCAGGCAGGGAGCAGGAGCCUUCUCAAAAGCAUCCCCAUCUUCUGCUGAGCAGCCCCAAACAGCAGCCCAUGAUCUCGGAGCGGGAGGUCCCCAGGCUUUCCUGUCCCCAUGGGACCGGGUGGGGCUGCCUCCCCUCCUGCAGUGGUUCCCGCUGCUGCUCGUGGCAGGAGCCUGGCUUUUUCCUCAGCCCUGUCCAUGCAUGCUGCCUCUGGGGAGCCGAACACCCAGCGGGGUGGCUGUACCCGGCCGUCCACCUGCCAGGGGCCCCAAGGCCAGGCAGGUUGGGGCUGAGGGGCUUCUGUCCCACAGUGGGCCCGGCAGGCUCGGGGUCGUGCCUCGCCAUGACAGGCUCACAGCCUCUUGCCUUACUUGUGGCUGGCAGGGCCGGAGCCUGCCUGCACACGUAUACACAUUCUCACCCUCAGAAAGCCUUACUUUUCAACACAACUUCUGUAGCAGGAAAGUUUUGUGAAUUUGUAUGCUGAAAGAAAGUUGAAGGAAAAGUUUGAGUUCAAGAGGAAACAUGCCAGUUUCCAGUUGGGUUUCCCCAGUGCAGGGGUGUGAUCUGUGGCUCUUGCUGCCGCCGCCCGUCCCAAGUCCAUGGACCCUGCACACUUCCACCUAGGUGCCAAAGGUCACAGGGGGCCGUGUGGCCCCUUCCGGGCUUGCCCACCACUGCCCCCAGGACCUGGGCCCUGACUGGGCUGGCCAGCGCCGCACCUCACCACCCCAUGCUGCUGACAAAUCCCUCUGGGCGGUGCCAGUAAAGGAAACAGGUCUCUUGAGAGAGAAGGGAGGUUUUGUUUAAAGCAGGUGGAUGUGGAGAUCUUGUAGCCUAGGUAGGGUAGUCCGACCCCUCUAGCAUAGUCUCUGGCAAGUGAAGUGUUUUCAGUGCGUGGGGAGACGCCUGGGGCUCGGCUGGCGGAGGGCAUGCAGGCAGUCACCUGGGCUCAAGCGAGCUUCUCUGAGCCAAGCUCGGGUGCUGCCACAGCCUGAGGAGGCACAGUGAGUGGGCAGCAGUGCUGGGCCAGCCCCUGCAGGGCGCAUCCUGCCCACACCCCGCUGCAGCCUGUGCCCUGCACGCCUGCCACGACUGUCUUGCACUAGAGUCGCUCUAGUCUCUCAGGAAUUUGCUUGUUACUUUUACUGUGUAAAUAAACCUUCCUGGUUCAG